UCAAUCACACGGUUCAAAGGGAUUUUAACGGCUUUCUGGGGGGCAUCACGCGGAGAUGUUGUGUUUACUAAUCCUCCAGUGUGAGUGCUGACCCAUAGCGCCUCUCCGCUGUACGCCACGCCCAGCACGGGAGCCCUGAGAACGGAGAGUGGCUGGAACAGAGGCCGGUCACGCCCCCGGUUGUCUCCUCGGCGGGGCUGAGGUAUCCGUCUGACACGGUAACGGGAGAUGGAGGAGGAGAGGCGCCUGUUCGCUCUCCGUUUUGUCAACAUUUAUUUGAGACAGGACAGCGGGAUGCUUUUGACUGGAGUUUUCCUCACAGAAUUUUUUAAUGGCAUCGCCGUUCGUUUACAUUUUAUUACAGAGUCUAGAAUGUUGAACAACUUCGUGGGGUUGUGCGCCGCCGCUCCCACGAGAGCUACCGUCACCUGUUUCGGGAUGCUGCUGCUUUUCGUGUCCGUUAGAAUCCGAGGAAGGCCUUUGAGUGACGCCACCGCAUCAGAAGCCAUGUCUACCGGGAUUUCGGACACGAGAAGCAACUCGUCAGCCGACAGCGAGGCGAAGUUAAAUUCGGAGCAGCUGAACGUAUUGUCGGCAUACUUUGGCAAACUGAACCGGGAGAAACGGGCGGUGACAAGACCCGCGAGAGAGAGACCUGCUCCGGGCAUGGUGGAGAAGCUCCUACCGGAGGAUGUGUUCCUCGCAGUGAAGACGACGGUAAAAAACCACUGGAGCAGACUGGGUUUGCUACUGGACACCUGGAUCUCCAGGAGCAUGUGCCAGACAUUCAUAUUUACUGAUGGAGAAGAUGAGAAGCUCAGAAAAAUAAUGGGAAGUCACAUGAUCAACACCAAUUGUUCGUCGGCCCACAAUCGGCAGGCGCUGUCCUGCAAGAUGGCCGCCGAGUAUGACCACUUCCUGUUCUCCGGACGCAAGUGGUUCUGCCAUGUGGAUGAUGACAACUACGUGAACACACGCCCCCUGGUGGACAUGCUGUCUCACUACAACCAUGCCCACCAUCUCUACAUAGGACGCCCCAGCCUCGACAUGCCAAUACAGGCCUCUGAGAGCCUGGCACAGCCAAUGGGAGCCUCCAGGAGGACGGACCGGCCAAUGGGAACAGUGCGUUUCUGGUUUGCUACGGGAGGGGCGGGGUUCUGUCUCAGUCGAGGACUCGCCUUGAAGAUGAAACCCUGGGCUAGCGGAGGUCGUUUCCUGGAGACUGCCGAGCGGGUCCGUCUCCCAGACGACUGCACCGUUGGAUACAUUGUGGAGGCGUUGCUAGGGGAGGGGCUUACACGCUCGCCGCUGUUCCACUCUCAUCUGGAGAACCUCGAACUGGUGUCCCAGAUACACACGCAGGUCACUCUGAGCUACAGCUUGUCCAACAGCCAGACCAACAUCAUUAACUUGAGAGGAGGGUUCUCAUUGGUCGAGGACCCCACCAGGUUUAGGUCAGUUCACUGUCUGCUGUACCCAGAGACUCCCUGGUGCCCCUCCUCUAACAGCAGCAAGGGAGGAGGGAGAGGUGGAGGGAGGGAUGACAGGAGGAUGGCGUGAUAGAGUGAUAGGAUAUAAGAAGCUUCCCCAGUGGUGUGAGAGAAGGUUCUUCUUAACAUAUCACACUCAACAUGGACAUGUGAUCA